AGGGCGAGUACUGAAAUGUGACGAGUUGUUCUCCUGACCCAUAGAGGGCGCUCUAGACUAUACUGAACACAUCUUUCCUUUCAAUAGCCAGGAUGAGCAGCCAUAUAGGUAAGGUCCACCGCUUAGUGGACCGGAAACAAGCAUUUGAAGGUGUUGCGGUGUCUGUCUGCAACCUACAGCUUCUGUCUAUUGCAGAUUUUAGGACUGACUUGAACGCUUUUAUAUGACGGCCACCACAUUUUCUGGAGCUGAAAAAAAAAACAUUCUAAAAGUUAUUAUUUCGAAGCCCGGUUGAGCCCGGUCCGCCGCCGCCCACUGCCUUUUUCCGCGGACGGUGCUCGGAGCGCAGUCCAGCCCGGAGCCCGGAUCAGCCCGAACGACACCGGGGACGGAGCCGGGAUCUGCAGUGCCCUGCCCGGCUUAGACACCCCUGAUUACAAGCGGAGACAGUGGGAGUCAGAGCAGAAAGAAAAGACAACGGCAAUAAAGAAUAUCGAUUUUGGCGACCCCAUUACCCUCUGGGGGAAUUUACGACUGUUAAUACGAAGCAGUGGGAGAAAAAAAAAUCAGGUUAUAUAGUUUGGUGUCGUCCAGCUCCAGCCCGCAAAAAACAAAUUACACUGAGUUGCCCGUGAAGGGCAAAACUUCACACUACAAAACACGCCACGCCGUUGCGACACGACGCGGAAGCGAACGGCUUCACCUUUCGUGUCGUUUCUGCAAACUGCGAGGUUUUAAAUAGCAGCCUCUCGUAGCGCGUACCUUUUUAAUGGAAAAAAUAGUUUUUUUUUUUAAACUGUCGUCUUAAAACUUGAGACACCCGACACGAUAACAGUGAAAUACACGGUCUCCGUUCAAUAAGUUUGUCUAUUUUUUAUAUUGUUUUUCAACAAAUUAAAAAUGUUUUAUAUGAGAACUGUAUAUUUAUACGUGUAAAUAGUUCCGCGUUCAAACUGUUAAAAUAUUAUUAUAAACAGUUUAAUUCAGCAGUUGCUUUGUAUUUUAAAGUGGCAAGUAAUUGAAACAGUAUAUUGUAAAUUGCUAGAAAACGAGAAUAAAACCUGGAAUUUAAGUAAAUCGUCUUUGUAAGGAAACGUUCUGGGAGCUGGAAAAGCAUAGCCCAAGAUAUUAUACUAGUUUAAGAUACUUAUAGCCUUAAAAGUGAAUAGAAAAAAAUAAUAAUGCAGGUUACGUCUCGCUGCGUGUAUACGUUUUAUAUUGCGUGUAAACUGGAAUAUCCAUCGCAAUAAUGGAAAAAGUAAUGCGACACUACGUCUCGAAAGUACCUUUACUCAGGGCUGUAAAAGCGACAGUUUUCAGUCUCGUUUGACGAAAUUUGUUUGUUUGUUUUUUCCACCCCUCUCAGGACAGCCGUUAAUGACCUAACCCGCGAAGGGAACCGAGAAUUAUAGCGGGCUUUUACCGAUGUUAAAACGUCCUUUUGCGAGGGAAACGAAGAUAGUUUAGGAGGGAAAAACGCUGCCGUUUUACGAGGGAGCUGGGAGGACAGGGCGGGAGAGGAAACGGGUAAGGUCGUCAUUUUCGAGAGAAGGCGGCGGAGCUCGCCGGCCCCGCUGGGCGACACCGGUCAUGGCGGAUCACAGCGCGGAGACGCUCGGCCACCCGCAGCUCCAGGCCGCGAGUAAACAGGACCCGCCGGAGACGGGGCCCGGAGAGGCAACGAAACCGGGGCCAGCCGCCGAGCCGCCCUUUUCGGAGUGGGAGGCCAGCCGGCACCCCGGGAGCCCCAGUCUAAAGGCGGGCGGGGAAGCGGGGCGCCCGGCUCUGGGACAGGCGGGAGCCGAGGAGCCCCGAGGCCCAGAGGCCGCGGACGGCGCGAGACAGGAAGGCCCGGCCGCGCGAGGCCCUGACGACCAGCCCGGAGCGGAAGAGGAGGGUCCGGGCGGCGACAGAUCGGACGACAACAGCCCCUCGGAGGCCGAGUCCGGCUCGCUCUCCGCCCCCAGCCUGGGGCUGUCGGAAGGGGACGGCUGCUACCUGGACGAGCCCCUGUCUUCGUGCUCGGCCCCGGGGCCGGAGGAGGCCUCAGAGGCGGGGGCAGGCGUGGCCCACCCUGUAGCGGACGCCUCCGCCGCCGGCGCUGCUGCUGCUGCUGUUGCCCAGGAACCGGGAGCCGCGCCCGCCUACUACUUCGUGAAGUGGAUCACAUGGAAAGGGAAGAAGACCCCCAUCGUCACCCAGAGCGAAAACGGCCCCUGCCCGCUGCUGGCCAUCAUGAACAUCCUGUUCCUGCGCUGGAAGGCCAAGCUGCCCGCCCAGACGGAAGUCAUCACCACCGAGGAGUUGAUGGCACAUCUGGGAGAGUGCAUUCUAUCGAUUAAACCGAGGGAGAAAACGGAAGGGCUGGAACUGAAUUUUCAGCAGAACAUGAGCGACGCCAUGGCCGUCCUGCCCAAGCUGUCCACAGGCCUGGACGUCAACGUGCGCUUCACGGGGGUGUCGGAUUUCGAGUACACGCCGGAGUGCAUCGUCUUCGACCUGCUGGACAUCCCCCUGUACCACGGCUGGCUGGUGGACCCCCAGAGCGUCGAGAUGGUGCAGGCCGUGGGCAAGCUGAGCUACAACCAGCUGGUGGAGAAGAUCAUCGACUACAAGCACUCCUCCGACAGCAGCAAAGUCAGCGAAGGCCUGGUAGCGGAGCAGUUCCUGGAGUCCACGGCGACCCAGCUGUCGUACCACGGCCUGUGUGAGCUCAGCACCACGGCCCGGGAGGGGGAGCUCUCCGUCUUCUUCAGGAACAACCACUUCAGCACCAUGAUCAAGCACAAGGGCCACCUGUACCUGCUGGUGACGGACCAGGGCUUCCUGCAGGAGGAGGGGCUGGUGUGGGAGAGCCUGCACAACGUGGAGGGCGACGGCAACUUCUGCGACUCCGACUUCCUCCUGUGCCACCCGCCGCCGCGGGCGUCGCCCGCCCCGCCCCUCACCGCGGCGCAGGCUCAGGCGCAGCAGAGGCAGAUCGACCAGGAUUACCUGGUGGCCAUGUCCCUGCAGCAGCAGAGUCCGCCGCCCAUCAGCGAUCUGGAGCUGGCCAGGCAGCUGCAGCAGGAGGAGUACCAGCAGCAGCAGGCACAGCCUGCUCAGCCACCGCCUCAGGUCAGAGGUCAGGCGUCCGGGAGGCAGGCAGCGGAGAGACGCCGGCCCGAAAAGAAGGAGGACUCGGACUGUGCCAUAUUGUAACCACCCCCCCCCUCCUCGUCUGAACCUGCACUCUCUUCCCCCGCCCCUGUCCAGAGCAGGUGACCUUCCUCAGCCCCGGGCCCCCAGGAGGAAGCGUGAAGACGAUGGUAGGCUGGGAGAGGUGCGCUGCGCUGAGAGCCCACAGCUCCCAGACUCCUUCCACUGCCACGGUGAUGGCGGGCCUGCUGGUUUCACCACUGUUUCACAUCAGUGCUGUACCAGAAACGCACAAAAUCUAGACCACAGCAGCCCACAGGGCGCUGCGUUAGUCUUCAUCCAGCAGGAUCUCUUAUUUCCAGCUUUUAUAUAACUGACCCUUACUAAGUUAUUCGGCCGCCAUCUGAUUGAAAGUAAUUUGGAGUAAACGUUUGCCGCGGAGCAGUGCACUUCCCUGACAGGACAGCUGAAGACCCCGUGGAAAAGGGAGUCCAAAACUGUGUCCAAAGGUGGACUAAGAUCCCUGUUCCCAGACCUGGGGGGGGCUGCUGGGGAGCUCAGCAGGUUUCUGCCAGAAGGACUGGGCUGCCCCUGCUGUCUGAUGCAAGGCCCAGGUUAGCAGUGAGUCAUAGGCCUGGUGUCCGUCAGGUACUGGUCUUUCAACAUGGUCAGCUUUUUCAUAUAUGUUGUGUCUCACCCAAACGUUAAGUAUUAUUCCAAACGUUUGGGUUACCGCUUUAAAAAUGGUUACUCUCCGUGCUCUCUGCACAGCAGUGAAGCAUCCUGUGGUUAAUAGCAUUUAGAACGGUGAUGCUGUAGCCUUCCACCCGGACACAUGGACUGAAUUCAUGUCUGUUAUGGUAUCAGGUACCUGAGGGCGAUCUGUAUAUGACCACAUUUGUGGAUUAUCUUCAUCCACAUGAAGUGAAACUGCAAAUGGAAGUACUCUUUACACCAAACUGCCCAUAAAACAUCACUUAUUUUCCAGAAUAUUAUAUUUUUUCUUAAAUGCAGGCUGUUAGGCAGAUUGCUGUCAGGCCUCCAGAAUGCCCCCCUAAAGAACUCUUAGAAUAACUACCAGCCACUUGGCUUCCCAAACCAUGUUUGCACUGUAUCUGAAAUCCUCAGCCUGCUCUUACAGCUAAAGUGGAUUAAGACCUGAAAAUAACCCAGACUUUUGUACAGUACUGUAUAUAUGUGCGAUAAGAUCUCUGUCCAUUGCCAUCUCACCAUGGGAGAGAACCACAUAGUUACCCAUCAGAAAAGAGGAAUUUUACCUGCCAAAAAUCUCCGUACCUUGGCCAGGCUUGGCCAGAGGUCUUCUCUGGUGUCUCUUCGCAGACAGUGUGCCCACAGCGUUUAAAUCGGUCACAGGAACAGUUGUAGCAGUGUUUUUUCACAUCUCGGCUCACAGCUGCGAACCCUGUGCGUGCACACGGGAGAAGGAGGAAGAGCAGGCAGCCUCCUCCAGGCCACUCGUCAUUUCACAGCGCCCUGUAUUGGGAAUCUGCACUGACUGAAGUAGGGUGGGGGGUGACCCUCGCCGACAGCAGGAGCAGAGAGCGCCCUGGCUGGAGAAUCGCACCCAUCUCUCUCAGCUGCGUUUCUCUAGUCUCGCGCUGCCUCUUGGGACAUCAAGGUCCCAGUCAGCUAGUGACAGACUCCAGGAUAUACAGCUAAACCUGCACUUGGGCGAGCACCUUUACUGGUAAACUCAUGUGCAGCUACAAGAAUAGUCUCUUCAAACUUUACUUACUAGGCAUCUGAACUAGAGGCAUUGCAGCAUUGAAGCGCAGUUUAACAUGCAGUAUUGAUUCUGCUUAAUUAAUUAGAUCUGCAGCUGUACUGGUUUCCCUUACCAGCAGCAUUUCAAAUGGAGAAAGAUAGCCAGGAUGUGGCUCCGUGGAAAACUGGUUUCUAGACCGCUGUUGGCAGUACAAGCCAGGCAACUGAAUCCUCUUUCUGGCCCCAAGGGGUAAGUGCAAUAGCUCAUUGCACAACAUGACAGGAUCCAUGCUUCUCGACAGUGAUAUAAGUGAAGCCGUGGUCUCGAGAACAGUGUAGGGACCUGCCGGAGGCUCGUAAGCACUGUAGCUAGAGAAACAGAGUGUCAUUCCCUUGCUAGCAGGCUGGGUCUCUUCUGCUUUUGUAGCUAGAGGACCAGACGUUCUGUGGCCCUGCCUGGGACAGCCUGCCCCUUCAAGCACGAUGGGAGCCCUCUGCCCCGAACCGCCUGGGGUAUUUGGACUGUCUAGUCUUUCUUUAGUUACGGCUGGCACUGUGGACAGGCAAAGCAAAGGAAGUGACGUGGUUUAGGCAUUCAGAAAGUCACACUCCGAAGUUCCCAAACUCUUCUGGCCUGGUAAAAACAAAUCAGAGUGGUGUCAGGCAGAUAGGUGAGACUGAGGUGGGGGGUUUGCCAUUUCAUUGGGGUUUGGUGAACCUGAAGAUUGAAACUUUAGGAAAGAGCAACACAUCAGAGAAGGGAACACGCAAGCAUUUGGAAAUCCUGUAAAAGCUUUCGGCCGUCUAGAAGUGCGAACAUUUCUGUUAAAAAAAAAAAGCAUUUAAAAUACAUCGGGGGCUGCAUUUACUCAACACUAACUAGUCACAAAGAUGUCCAUGCUCCAUCUUUUUACCAAGCUCAAGAUUUCUUUGUAUUUAAUUUUGUCACCUCAAUAAAAGAAUGUAGAAGAUUG